GGCGGGGCACGAGGCGCUCGCUCGCGCUGAGGCAGGAGCUGCCGCUGCCGCCGCCAUUUUGGUUUCGCGGCUUCGGCUCUCUGAGAAGGGGCUGAAGCGGCGGCGGGCUGGUCCGGGUCCCGCCCUGGCCCCGUCCCUGAGGGCGGCCGGGAGGAUGCGGCGCGGAGGAACCCGGCCCCGGCCUUGGCCGUAUUGUCGCUGACACGUGUAAAAGAUGUGGUUGCAAGUUGUAGAAGAGAUUUUUCUGUGGAACAUACUUCUGUAAACCUUCCCUAAAAUCCCCAGAAGGCAUAUACUGCACCUGUGAUGGACCCUCAGAAUACUGCUAUGUUAGGGUUGGGUUCUGAUUCCGAAGGUUUUUCUGGGAAAAGCCCCUCUGCGGUCAACACUGACAUAGUGAUAGGCAAGAGAGAAGUAGAUCUAGAGAGUAGCACCAAGGAGGAAGAAGAUAUUAAGAAGAAGAACUGGGAGGGGAGCACCAUUGAGACUGGGAAGAAUGAGGGUCUGACUGAUGCACAGCAACAGUUUUCAGUGAAAGAAACAAAUUUUUCAGAGGGAAAUUUAAAAUUGAAAAUUGGUCUUCAAGCUAAGAGAACUAAAAAGCCCCCUAAGAACCUGGAGAAUUAUGUGUGCCGGCCUGCCAUAAAAACCACUAUCAAGCAACCAAGAAAGGCAUCAAAGAGUGGGAAGAUGACAGAUGAGAAGAAUGAACUUUGUCCUUCAAAACAAGUGGCUUGGCUCCACUCCCCAGGCCUCCAUUCCCAUGUUGUUGUCCAGGUGAACUGGCUCAGAAUGUCCUUCCUACAUGUGUGCCAGAGAAGGAAGGAACUUGUACGUGGCUUCAGUGGCUCAUCUCCCCAGUUCUUUGAUUGCUGUACUGUUUAAAAAAAAAAAAACAGGCUUGUCUACACUACGCAGCUUUUAGCGACAAGGCUGUGUCAACACAGCCUUGUCGCUAAAAGUCAGUGUGUGUAAACACUCUGUCAGUAUUUUGUCCACACUUUGGCUGACAAAAAACUGCCAGCCUCACGAGCGGCGUUAGCUUUGUCGGCAGGAGAGCGCUCCUGCCGACAAAGCCACAUUCACAUUGCCACUUGCAUUGGCAAAAUUUUUGUCUUUAAGUACCCGUGAAAGACAAAAGGUUUGUCGACAACAUCGCAGUAGACAAGUCUUAAGGUAUGUCUACACUACGUGAUUAAUUCGAAUUUAUAUAAUUCGAAUUUUGAAAACAGAUUGUAUAAAGUCGAAUGUACAUGGCCACACUAAGCACAUUAAUUCGGUGGUGUGCGUCCAUGUA